UCUUCUUGUCCGUCACCGUCAUAAAGGGUCCGGGUUUAAUGUCACAGGGUGGCCCCUUUAAACACUGCUAAACAACAAGAAAGCGAAAAAAAAAAAAACAGUCAACAUUUCAGACUAACAUCUUUAAAAUGGCCCAGCUGCACGCCGGCCUGCAGCUCGACAACAACCACCGCCAUCCUCUGCGAAUAGGAUACUGCGAAAGACUUUGAGUGACUGCAGGCUCUCGCUUCGCUAACAGUACGCAGCUGUCUGAAACCCAAAGCUAAAGUGCUAUCUAGCGCUCUGGACAUAUGAUAUAGACGCACUAACACGAAGGGACAGGGACCUCUGGACUGGAUUAGGAACAAAAAAAAAGAAAAAAAAAAAGCCCCUCAUCGUGUAACGUUGACAUGGAUAAAGAAGAAGCAGACCGGCUAAUAGAGAAGGCGAAGCUGUGUUUACGGUCAGGACGGAAAGAUCGGGCGCUGCAGCUGCUCUAUGAAGCCCAGAAUAUUUUCCCCAGCACCCGGGCCAGAGUGCUGAUAGAUGCCAUAGUAAGGAACGGAGGCCCUGCUACUUCAGAGGCAAACCACGUUCCCCCUCCAACAGGCUGGAGGGAUGAAGACAUAAGAAACAAUGAGAAGAGCAAUGCAAACAGUGAUGAAAAGAAGAGCUACACCGAGGAUCAACGUCAGGGUGUUCUCAGAAUAAAGAAUUGCAAGGACUUUUACGAAAUCCUCGGCGUUUCCAAAAAUGCAAGCGAUGAAGAUUUGAAGAAGGCGUACAGAAAGUUGGCCCUCAAGUUUCACCCUGACAAGAACUUUGCUCCGGGAGCCACAGAUGCUUUCAAAGCAAUAGGCAAUGCAUACGCAGUGCUGAGCAACCCAGAGAAGAGGCAGCAGUAUGAUCAAUACGGAGAUCAAUCCACAACCGCCAAUGCACCCCAACACUCCAGCCACAGUCGCCAUGGAUACCACAGAAACUUCCACAGAGACUUCGAGGCCGAUAUUUCCCCAGAGGAACUCUUCAACAUUUUCUUCGGGGGAAGGUUUCCCACGGGAAACAUUCACGUGUACACAAACCAGGGAGCCUCCUACUCUCAGUUCUAUCAGCCUCGUCGUCGACGUGCUUAUGAGAGGCGCGAGGAGGGGGUGGAGGACAACCAGAGUCAGAACACCUUCACAGCUCUCCUGCAGCUGCUGCCUGUGCUGGUGCUAAUCCUCAUAUCAGUGUUUACGCAGAUGAUGGCCACUAACCCACCCUACAGUCUCUUCUAUAAGCCAGCCAUGGGGCUGGUGGUGUCCCGGGAAACGCAGCACAUGGGUGUACCGUACUAUGUGGAUAAAAGUUUUCAGAAGGAAUACGGCGGAGCUGCGCUGGAUGAACUGGAGAAAACCAUCGAGAACGACUAUAUCGAACAUCUGCAGAACAGCUGCUGGAAAGAGAAACAGCAAAAGUCCGACUUGGCCAACCUGGGACAGCUGUACCGAGAUGAUCGGUUAAAGCAGAAGGCGGAGUCCAUGAGGCUCGACCACUGUGAGAAACUGCACCGAUUGGUCGGGCGCCAGAGAGGCAAAUGAGGACAGUUUGAGAGGAGAACAUGUUUCUUUACGGACUUUACAACAAUGCGUUUUAUUGAAGUGUGUAAUUGACCCAAGCAGGCCACUUUGUAAAGAAAUCUGGAUUAGGUACGGCGCAGUCAGUGGGAGAUAACACCGCUGGAAACAAUGUGCCUUCUCUCCUCUUCGAUGGUAGAAAAUAAGAGUUGCAUGUUAGCUGCCGACCACGGCGGCAACAUCGAGUGCAAACUCACUGUGGCAGUGUGUUCGAUGUCUCAGAGCCUUUAAAGUUUCUUAUAGAAAUGGCAUGACAUACGGGGUCUCCCCUUUGGGUUUUGCAAGCAGUUCCAUGUUCACACAUUAAUGUUUUACUUGUGUAGGUUAUUUAGUUUAACUAUUUUUUUGAAUGUGUUUGCGUCCUUGCUAAAAUAUUUUGUCUAUUUAUUUAUUAGUUUAUAGAGUGAAUGUUACUGGAGCAGCUUGGCUCAUUAUUGUUUUCUCUUAGACGGAAUUAAGUCCGACAACUUAAAAUGAUACUGUCGUCUUUGGACUAAAGGCAGAGCUUCAGUACUGUGAAAUGACAGAGUACCUUUUCUUUAUAAUCACAACAGACGAAUCAGACUUUAUCAUUAGGGCCCGACCAAUAUGGGAUUUUGGGGGCCGAUACCAAUAUCAAAAUUGGGGAGUAAUAAAUUCUGAUACCGAUAAAUCAGCGGAAUCUAAGUCUAAGUCUAAGGAUAUUGUCUUGGAGAGAGGUAGAUUUAGAUAAACAAAUUUAUUGGAUGAUCGCUCAAAUGCAGUUAUAAACCACUUCUGGAAAAGAUUUAUAACGAAGACAAGAUGGUCACUCAACUGGAAAGUAGCUGCUCAUGUACGUGCAUUACCGCCUGACACUCUGGAAAGUGAUGUUUGUCGUAAUCCCUAUAGCGCCCUCUGCUGGAGAAAGAACUGCUAGUGAAAUAGAAUGAUGCUAUUUGACUGGUGAAUAAAUCUAGUUAUAUCGGUGCAUAUGUAAGAUAAAAUUAGCUAAUACCGAUAUUCACUUAAUAUGCUAAUAUCAGCCUUUAUUAUCGGCUGGCCAAUUAAUCAGUCGGUCUCUAAUUAUUUUACUUCAACCUUCCCUCUGUACUGUGAGUAAUCAGGCAGUUUGACCUCUAGAACCGUAGCAAAAGAAGGCAGAGUAACGUUUUCCAAAACGUGACCACAUUUCCCGAUUAAUGUGCUGAUAAUGAAAGUUUUUACCUGCCAAAAAAAAAAACAAGCUUCCUCCUCCCUGCACUAAUGCUUACAAUUGUUUAUUGCCAUUCAGAAACUGCUGAUUCAGAUAUAAACACAUAUAAUUGAUGUUUGAGUGUAAGAGAGGACGUGUGUUGAAAGAAUAGGUUUUUGUCUCUUCAUUUUUAUAAGCCACUUGAAACCGAAACUCCCAUUCACACUCCUGCACAGGGUUCUUUCUGAUGGACCUGGAAGAUGUAGAAGGCUCAUUUGUGGGCGGUAUCUGAAGUGUUACCAGGGUUUAAAUGGCAUGCCAAUACCUUCUUUUCAUGAAGAAUUUUAAGGAUGGAUUCUCUGAAAAAUCAGGGAAGUGAUUUUAUGUUGUUGUUUUUUGUCCCCAUCUGAAAAGUUGUCCAACAAGAUUUAAAUGAUCCAUGUGGAAUUUAGUCUGUGUUCAGUUAAAAUUCCCCCUCAAGAUUUGUAUAGGACUGCAUUGAGCCUACUUUGCUGUUUCUGUUUAGUUGCUGUGUUGAGAAAGUACUCCACAGUAACGUAACAAGUGUCUGAUAGACGACAGCUAACGAUGCAGAUAAUGUUAAUGUUUUCUGCCCAUAUUUAAAAAAAAAAAAGUUUUUUAAGUCCUGCAUUUUUUUUAAUUUAUACUGAUGUUUAAAAAACACAUAUCUAAAAUGUAUUCUUUAACAGAAUUAGCAGUUUAUUUCAUGUGCAUAAUACACAAAAUAACACCUUCAAAAAGAAUGAGCGCAGUUGUUGUUUUUUUGUCAGGUCAUGUCAUGAAAAGGACUUUUGAACUUUAAUCCUUUUUUUCCAAACCAAGAUCAUUCAAAACCCAUUCAGACACUGACAUUCAUCGCUGUGCACUAAGACUGCCAAACUGCCUUAGCUGUUCUCAUCCUAGUGAAUAAUUCCGGUUCAUCUCACGCACUUUUAAGUUGAUAUUUAAUCCUGUGUUCAGUGUCGUUCAUGUUGCAUGCAGCCUAGUGAGAGAGUGUUUUAUUAGUUCCAUGUUGAUUUCAUGCAACAAACAUUUUCCGGACAACUUGACACACAUAACAUGGUUAAAAAAUAAAAUGUUCAGGUCCACACUGUAACUCACAUGUAAAACCCAACUGUGAUACACAGAUGUAGGUUUGGGUAUCAGUUAAUGUUAGUUCACUGAAUAAAACACUGCAGAAUUCAGUUUUUAGCCAAAAUACAAGAACAUUAAAGAUGUAUACAGAA